UAUAUAGACAUACAAAACACAACAAAAUUACAAAAAAUGUAAAAUUAAAAUAUAGAUAAAAAAUUAAUAAUACAAAAAUAUAACAGUAUCUCAAUGAUGCUAAAAUAACAACUGUAGUAAAACACCCACGGAUAACGCACAGAAAACAACUGGUGAUCAUUUUAACUUUGGAUAAGUCAUAUAGUCAGUGAAUCAUUCUUAUAUGAGAGAAAAUUGAUCAUAUAGUUCUAAGCUGACUCAGAGGAAAAUAUGAAUCAUCUUUUGGGUAUUAGAGGAUAAGAGAAGACUUAUUCACCUUACUUUUGGUAGUCAAAAAAAAAAGCUUUUGUGAGAAAGUGUGACAUGCUAAAGCAAAACAGACACUUUGGACUUUGGCACUUUGGAAUCAGCACUCCAAAAUGAAUAAGAAACAAGCAUUGGAUUUCCUUCAGCAAAAAUGAUGCAGGGUGGAGUUAUCGAUAAAUGAAUGGUGGUAGUCCAACAUUGCCUCUGGCAUGACACCCUGUCAUUUCAAUGUCAUUUCUAUCCAUACUGUUUUGUUUUCUGUGUCCAUUUGAGCGCUGGCAGUAGUAACGGGCUAAUAUUGGCUGCAGAGGGCAGCUGACCGGCUGCCUCCUGUAUAUUUAGCUCAGGGCCAAUACAUGGGAGAGGUGUAACAGACAUUGGCUGGCAUUCACUUCUCCUAAAGGCGUGGAUCUUGUGUGUGUGUGAGAGAGAGAGCGAGAGAGAGAGGCGGGGAGAGAGAGCAGUAGUGCGGGACUGCCUCAGAUCACUCCUCGGUGCUAUUGGAGGUAGACCGCAGCCGGCAGCAUGAAUCUGUUCACACUUGGACUAUAUUUUCAACUCCUCUGCUAUGUGGCAUCAUUCUCUUACAUGGAUAAUAUGUUCCCUCUUCCAACAGAUCUCCAGUUGCUGGAAACCAGGAAGAAAUUCAACCCCUGCUGUUUACUGAGUCCACCUCCGCCCCCUCUCUUCCCUCCACCCCCUUCACUGUGGCGGCAGAGCCCUCUGACUGAGACUGAUGUUCCACCAAAUGUCCCAUGCGAUCCCACACCUCACACAUGCUCCCCAGGGCCUCCGGGACCAGCAGGACCUCCAGGCCCUCAGGGACCUGCUGGCCUGCCGGGACCAAAGGGACCAAAAGGAGAUAAGGGUGAAAUUGGAAGACCUGGACAAAAGGGACACAUUGGCCCUCCUGGUCUCCCAGGACGACAGGGACCAAGUGGAUGGCAAGGACCAACUGGGCCUAAAGGGGAGAAAGGCGACCCUGGGCUGAUGGCAAUGCCAGGGACAAGAGGACCAAUUGGACCCAAGGGCUUACCUGGACAUAAGGGAGAAAAAGGCUCACAAGGUUUCAGAGGUGAAAUUGGCUUAAAAGGUGACAAGGGAUCAAUGGGUCUUCCUGGAAUGCUUGGCCAGAAGGGUGAAAUGGGCCCAAAAGGAGAACCUGGAAGCUCAGGGAACAGGGGACCCACCGGCCGCCCAGGAAAAAGAGGAAAGCAGGGUGCAAAAGGUGACAUUGGUACAACUGGACCCAUGGGUCCUGCAGGCCCUCAGGGGGCUCCUGGUCACCCUGGCCCUCCCGGUUUGCCUGCCUCAGGACUGUACAUGGUAGGACAGAAAGGAGAGAGGGGACAACCUGGCAGCCCGGGACGCUGCGGCUGUAAUGCCCCCUCCUUUGACCACUGGGGCAGCUAUCCCAGAGUGCCAGCGAUCUUUGUGGUGAAUAACGAACAGGAGCUGAACCGCCUCCAGACUGAUUACGCUUUGGCCUUCCGUAAAGAUCAGAGGUCACUUUACUUCAAAGACAUUGAUGGCUGGAUUCCAAUUCAGUUAACACCAUUCCAGUCGAUGGAGCGUGAUCCCGACCAGCAGGGUUUCUGCGGAGACAGCAUCGUGCAAGUUGAGAACGGAGAGGAGUGUGAUGAUGGAAAUAAGGUGGUCACAGAUGGCUGUGUCAAGUGCAAACUUGCAUAUUGUGGGGAUGGAUAUCGCUAUGAAGAGGCAGAGGAGUGUGAUGGAAAGGAUUUUGGCUUUCACACAUGCAGAUCCAUUUUGCCUGGAUCUUAUGGACAUCUCAAGUGCACAGCUGACUGUUUCAUUGACUCAACAAACUGCAAGUAUUUCACAUGAGGACAAAAGAAAGUAGUGUCUCGUUUCAGCUGGCGAGAUCCAUUUAAACGAUGACACUGAAAACCAUAGAUUCAGUGGAUAAACUGAAAGUAGAAAUCAUUGAUGGAAUUAUCACAAACACAUUAUCUGAACUCCUCUGUUGACAUGAUGCUGAGAAGCCAUGUAGCUCACUCGGGAAAGGAAUGCUUGGCAAAGCCACGUUUGUGCACGUGCUCUUAAGAACUUUAACAGGACUUCAGACGCCAUUCUCCAUUCAUUCAGCCUCUGCUGCCUCCCAUUCGGCCCUAGCUCGACAUUUGGCCAGUGUGGUUGGCUGCAUUAAGAGGAAACAGGUGAGUUGGUUGCCUCUUGGAGAUGGGUAAAGGACUUCUCAAUACCUCAAAGUACUGUAGUAUUGUUUCAGAGGAAAGCUGUUUUCUCCUGGUCCACCCCACCUUCCCUUACAAAGGGUGCUCUGUAUGUGGAAUGCAAUGUGACAUUGUUACUAUAGUAUUUUGCAUGAGGCUGAGAUUGCUGUAGACAUGUCAGCGGAGAUCAUUACUUAGGCAUGUAACUGAAAAAACUAAAGUGGCUCAUAUCUUUAAGUGUAAUAUAAAGUAGGCUUAGACCAAACUGGUGCUUGGCCUUGGAAGAAACCUAAUAAUUUCAUUAUCUUAAAUUACACUGAUGUACAUUAGGUUUAGUACAGUUUUGCAUACUGGGUCCAAAAUUAACAUACAGCCCAAUAAUGGGUAAAUUGAAGAAAAAAUGGAAUUUAAGAGCAUAUAAAAUGGCACAGUUAUAAGCCAAAUGACUGUUUAAUUGACAAACAUCGCUUGAUGGUUGUUCAGAAGUGCCAGCAUACCAUAUACAGUACCAACAUUCAGUAUCUUUAAUAUUUUUUGAUACUAAUCAAGCAUAACCAAAAAAUUAUUCAAAGCUCAAUGAGGGAGUCAAACUCAGUAACAUCUCUGAACGAUUCACUGCCUGAGUCUGAUUCAAAGACCUUACUCAAAAGUAAAUUCAAGGCAGUGUUGUAAGGAAAUGUUAGAAAUGCGUUUAUCAAUGCAUAUGUUAGGUAAAUGAAAAAAAGAAUAUACGUUCUCAUGUAUAUUCUGAUUGGAUAUCACCCUAUAGAUGCUUUUUAAAAUUUCUUUACAAAUCGAUGUCACGGUUUGUGUGGUUUGUUGUCGCAUUCAAGAAACAUGAGAAAUCACACAUGAAAGCAUAUCAAGUAGACUUUGAAUUUUUUUUGAAAUAAGGUACAUUUUUGCCAUAUUUGCAACCAUUUUACUCACCCUUAUACGAAACGCUACCUCUCAUAAACCAUUUAUACACUCAUUUCAGGGGUUUCUUGCAAUUUGCAUUGUUGCAGUGACCCAAACGGCCAGUAAAACCAUUUACUUAAGCACCAAAAUCACAUUUUACUUCAGUUUGGUGCAUGGCAGGUGUUAUUUUUGGACCCUUGGGAUAAAAGGUGUUUUCACAGACUAUGUAAUGUUAAAAAAAAAAAAAAAAAAAAAAAAAAAAGGCUGCAUAAAUGCACUUAAACACUAACUACAAUAAUACUACUUACUGACAAUAUUUAGGAUGUUUAAGAUUAGAAGACCCUGCUUUCCAGGCUCUCGGUAUGUUUUAUGGGGUCACACUUAGUUAACAUUUCCAUCAUAUCUCAGGAAACCACUUAAAGAUAUCCAUAACCCAUCCACCUCCAUGUGUGGAGUAGGGUGCAAAUAUUCCACAGUUUAGCUUAGUUCCACGCUGUUGUUUUGUGCUGCAAGAUCUUGAAGUAAAGCAAACACUGCUUAUUUACUGGGUUAUGGGUCUGAAGAUCUUAAAAUAGGGAGGAAAAACCAACCAAUCUCACGAGGAAACCUAACCAUUUUACAAGGUGGCGAUUCGUUUGAAUUCAUACAAUGUGAUUUUCAGAAAACAGUUAGCAUGAAGCUCCAUCCCUAAACCUAACCAUCAGUGAGUGGUGUGUAAGAAUAUAACCAUCAAUUUGCCAAAAUGCAAAAUAGUUUGGAAUUGUUGUGAGGUUGUGUUGGAAAAACCAUUCAGUAUGUGAAGGCUCUACAGCUGUUAUUGAACAUUUUGUACUGUCUGCUAUUGCAGGGAUAGCAUUUUGCUGCUAUUCAGGCUUAAGACUGUUGGAUUAAGGCUGGACUGUUUUUGUCAUCCCAAAGGCUUUAAACUGAUUUAUGCCAAAGUCCAGUCUGAAUAUACCUCAGCAUAUAUGAUGUGCUUUAGCCUUUGUGACUACAGGACCUGAGGUGUAGCAUACAGCACUUACUUAUUAUUAAAUACAGUGAAAUCUUGCUUAAGUAUCUUUGAGUUUUUUAUGAUCAAGCCAGUUUUCCAUAAGCUAUAUGAUGCAUUUGCUACAGAAAACUCUUUGCUUACAUUUCUGGGGUGAUAUUCCUGACUUCCCUGUAGAUUUCAUGUAAAAUAUUAUGGAUAUAUUAUCGAAAAUAAGUGUCUUGAAUUUACUGUAUUAUUCUGGUGAAACUGCAUGUUUAUAUUGUAUACUCUUGUUCAAAAGAGCAAAAUUGCCACAUACUGUAACUGACUGUUAUCCUCAGAUUUGUACAAACUGAGGAAAGAUGUUAACAUCAAAUACUGCACAACAGACAAAUCCAAAAGAGACUGAAUGUUUUGUCCUAGUGUAAUUUGAAAGCUGUUCUCAGUAUUAAAACUUGUUUGAUACUGUCCUGUAAUGAUGCUAAAAUAAAGCUUGAAAAGUUAACUUU